UGGACCUAACUGCCAAUAGCACAGCAGAGGACUUUGCUUCCCGCUCCGGCGUCCGCCCAGCGAGAGUAUAUAGGAGAGGAGACAACAGGUGCACCAGGCAUGACCGGUCAGUGUCCUCACUAGGGAGGACAAGUGGGGGACUGGGGCAUGCUUAAAUGAAGGAAAUGGAAGAUGCGCCUGAAACGCUGGAGUGAAGAUUCACGCAGAUGGGAGGAUGUUGCGAGAUUUUACAGGAAAGCGGCACUUUCCAUUCAAGGGACAAUCCGAGGCCCACGAAGUCACAUACAAAUGCUUCAGGAGGCGGAUCAUCCAGAGGCGCUGCAGAGAAGGCCCUGUUGCAAGUACCCCACUGGCCCCUGGGCGGCAGUGUGAGCCAAGCUUCGAGUUUGAUACGGUCUGUCAGAGGCUGGAGCUCGAUUCUCCACCGAGAAAGCAUGAACCAGGACAGGGAGUCCUACCAGGAAAUAUCCAAGAGGCAGCAUUGGUGGGAAGCUUGUCUCACUCUGAGUCUGUUAACUUGGUGAACACAGAGUGCACGAUCGCUGCCAAGACACGGCCUGCUGCAGAAAACGCCCCACAAGAGCAAUGGGUGUGGAGACCUGCAGUUCAAGAACCUGAAAAUCUCAAUUGCUCAGGUUAUGAUGAAAGAAAAUAUGAUCUUCAGCCAUUUGCCACUCUGAACAAAGCCACUCUGAGCCUGCACGGGAAGUCAGUGGUUAAGUUGGCAGCACCAUCAAUGCUGAAUGACUACUACACUAACCUUCUCGACUGCAGCUGUAAUGGCAUGGUUGCAUUAGCACUCGGCUCUUCAGUUUACAUUUGGAAUUCAGAAACUCGUGAUCUGGUUGGACAUCUGGACCUGAGUCCACAAUCAGGAUGCCGAUAUCGUCAGUCGGUCUCGUCUCUGUGCUGGAGCACGGAUGGAAGAGCCCUCAGUAUCGCGACUAGACGAGGGGAGAUACAGUUGUGGGAUGUUGAACACAAGCAGAACAUGAGGUUUCUGCUGUCACACCUGACUGUGGUGAGAGCUCUUUCCUGGAAACAGCAGUUACUUAGCAGUGGAUCUGUUCUUGGACAUAUCUGUCACCUUGACCCUCGGGCUUUCACACCUCUGGUAGGUGUAGCCACCCAGAGGGAGGGGGUCUGCAGUCUGCAGUGGUCACCAGGAGGCAAAUGGCUGGCCAGCGGCUCCACAGAAGGCCUUCUCCAUAUCUGGGAUGAUGACAUCAUGGGAAAAAAAAUGUCAAGUCAGCCCGUAAUGACAGUGAAGCAGCCCAGUGCUGUCAAGGCAAUGGGGUGGUGCCCAUGGCAGAGAAACAUUAUUGCUACAGGAGGGGGAUGGAAAGAUGGUGAGCUGAGAAUCUGGGACACACAAUCAGCAUCUUGUGUAACUUCUGCCCAAACAAAUUCACAGAUAUGUUCUCUACAAUGGGCUGAAAAGAAGCGAUAUCUGGUUACAGGUCAUGGCCUACCUCAUCACAAAGUCACAUCUUGGGUGUGGGAGUUUCACUCUCUCAGCCCCAUUUACCAGUUCACAGGUCACUCUGAUAGAGUCCUACACUUGGCCUUAAACCCUGACAAUUCUCAGAUCUUCUCCACCGGUGCGGACCAGCGCUUUCACAUCUGGGAUUUGUAGUAACCAGUGUCAUGGAACCGUGACAUUCAUAUUGAUAAUAAAGUUCUUUAGCAUCUGGUUAGAAAUAGGUAUACAAUUAAUUACCACAUAAGUACACAUUGCUGCCUUCUUGGCAAUUGUGUCAUAGAGACCACACAUUUCCCACCCAUGAUGUCAACCACAGCACAAAGCCAGUUUACCACCAGCUCACACCUUUUGUCAUGCAUCGUGCAUGCCGCUAGCACAGGUUUCCUGUUUUAAUAGCUACACAACAUGAAUCUUUUAUAUAGUUAUGAUAUGACAGAUAUGCCGUACUGACUACUAUCAUGUAAAAGGUAGCAAAAGACAGACAUGGGAUAUGUUUUAGUGUACACACAUAUGAAAUGGCUCAGCACCAACAGUUGAAAUCUGUUGCUGCUGACUUAAGGCUCAUCAUCAUUUAUUUGUUCUGUAUGUGAGUUCACUUUGUGUUUGUUGUGUUUUUAUGUAUAUUACAUUCUGAUAUGUCUUCAUUGUAAAUGUUGACUUCCUGAAUUUUUUUUUUUAUUGUAUUUUGCACAAUGGAAUAAAAUUUAGGAACCUAAUAGUAGA